ACUCUAGUGGAAACUUCUCUCUUUAGAAAUUAGUGUAGACAAUGAAAGAGAUAAAACAGUAGCUUGAGGGGCAUGCAGGGUUGAAAGAAAGUUCUUUUGUGUGGCUGAGAGAAAGAGCAGUGGGAGGAAGGGAUGAUUAAUGGAGCAAGAAUCUAGAAGAAGGAUGGGAGGAGAAGAAAUCGAGAGAAAAAGACCUAGGGGUCAGUCUGACAAAAGAACAUUCUGCCUGAGGCGAAGGACGUGGGGAAAAGCGAUAAGAAUAUAGAACAUUUCGAAGGAUGAUAAACUGAAGUUCUUGAAGUUUGUGCAGGGGAACUUUAAUUUCCGGACGAGCAAAUACGCACAACCCAGUGGUGGGAAGAACAUGGACUUCGCCCGCCUGUGGCUAGGGUUGCUGCUGCCUUCGGUAGCUGCGCUGGAUUUCGGCUACCACCACCAGGAAGAGAUGGAAGCAUUUUUGAAGAAUGUGGCCCAAAACUACAGUUCUAUCACUCGCUUACACAGUAUUGGGAAGUCUGUGAAAGGCAGAAACCUGUGGGUUCUUGUCGUGGGGCGCUUCCCAAAGGAGCACAGAAUUGGGAUUCCAGAGUUCAAAUACGUGGCCAACAUGCACGGAGACGAGACUGUCGGGCGGGAGCUCCUUCUCCACUUAAUUGAACAUCUCGUAACCAAUGAUGGAAAAGACUUUGAAAUCACAAAUUUAAUCCGCAGCACCCGGAUACACUUCCUGCCUUCAAUGAACCCAGAUGGAUUUGAAGCGGUCAUAAAGCCUGACUGUUUUUACAGUAAUGGAAGGGAAAAUAAUAACUACUAUGACCUGAAUAGAAAUUUCCCCGAUGCUUUUGAAUUUAAUAAUGUGUCAAGGCAGCCUGAGACUGUGGCUGUCAUGGAAUGGCUGAAAACAGAGACAUUUGUCCUCUCUGCAAACCUCCACGGCGGCGCCCUGGUGGCCAGUUACCCAUUUGACAACGGUGUUCCAGCAACUGGGACGUUACACUCCCGUAGCUUAACCCCUGACGACGAUGUUUUUCAACACCUUGCACAUACCUACGCUUCAAGAAAUCCCACCAUGAAGAAAGGAGACCAGUGUAAAAACAAAAUGAACUUUCCUAAUGGAAUCACAAAUGGCUACUCCUGGUAUCCACUCAAAGGUGGAAUGCAAGAUUACAACUACAUCUGGGCCCAGUGUUUUGAAAUUACGUUGGAGCUGUCAUGCUGUAAAUAUCCUCAUGAGGAGAAGCUUCCAUUCUUCUGGAAUAAAAACAAGGCCUCAUUGAUUGAAUAUAUAAAACAGGUUCACCUAGGUAUAAAGGGUCAAGUUUUUGAUCAGAAUGGGAAUCCAUUACCCAAUGUAAUUGUAGAAGUCCAAGACAGAAAACAUAUCUGCCCUUAUAGAACCAACAAAUUUGGAGAGUAUUAUCUUCUUCUCUUGCCUGGGUCCUAUGUAAUAAAUGUUACAGUCCCUGGACACGAUCCAUACCUCACAAAGGUGGUUAUUCCAGAAAAAUCCCAGAACUUCAGUGCUCUUAAAAAGGAUAUUUUACUUCCCUUCAGAGGGCAACUGGAUUCUAUCCCAGUAUCAAAUCCUUCAUGUCCUAAGAUUCCUCUGUAUAGUGAUUUGCCAAGCCAUUCAGCUGCAACAAAGCCUGGUUUGUUCUUAUUUUUAGUGACUGUCUUUCACAUAUUUGUCAAAUAAAGCAAAAUGUGAAACACAACCCCCAUCAUCACCAGGAAUCAGGGAUUACUCAUGCCAGGUUACUGCAACUCUGUUAACUCCCUCUGUGGGACCUUGACUCAAGAAACGCCAUGGUCCUUCCCUAAGAAGAGAAAUGGUUGUUUUCAAACCACAACAAGCAAUGUGUGGUGAUAACAAAGGAAUGAUUUAAUCUUGAUGAAUGGAAGAAACCUACCUUUCAGGUACUGUCCACUACACUUAACCUUGAAGUUGUCUUAGAAAUUUAACUUGAGAAUCAAGAAAGAAGUUCCUGCAAGAAAAAAAUGGAGCAAAUUUUGUAUACAGAGCCAGAUGAAUAUAAGCAAUGAAGAUGAACAUUCAUUGAUAACCUACUAUCUACAAAACCUGGCCAUGAGUGCCAUAUGUGAAGACAUAGUAAGUGCCAUAUGUAAUUACUUCUCAGCACAGGGAGAAAUGACAGGACUGGGAAUAUUUCACGUCACAGAUGUUCUAAGGAAAUAGGAGUGGAGAGAGGCAACCGUGUCUCAGUGGCCCAAGAAAAACAAUAUGGGCCUGAUGGGAUGACAAGGUUCUACAUACAGAGCCCCAAAACAACAGGUCAGUUAAACCUUUCCACACUCAGAUGCCACAGUUUUGUUAUGCUGAGGACCGCCAAGUGUGUAACUCUAGCAUCUUGCCUGAGCCUCAAACUCAAGCCCAACUUCCCACUGUGCAUAUCCACCUGGAUGUGACCCACUGGUACCUCAAACUCAUCAUGUUGAAAUGGGACAUAUUUUUCUCCCUGGAGCUGCUCUUCCCCCUGUAUUGUCUCUGGUACCAGUGAACUAGAAACCCGAGAGUCAUCCUUGAUGCUUUCUCCUCCUCCCUCAGCCCGUAUAUUCAGUCAGUCACUAAAGAUUGCUGUGAAUUAUAAAUGUUGGUUGAUUCUCCCUCUCUCCGUGGCUGGUACCAUUGUCAGUUUAGGCCAUCAUGACUCACUGCCCCCACUGCAGCAGUCUUACUGGUCUCUUGCGCCCAGCCUUCUCCUCUUCAAAUCCAUCUUCACACAGCACUGGGGAGGAAGGUCUACUCAACAAGCAACAACAAUCAACUUGCUUAUAGUUCCUGUACACUUAAUGCACGGUUUGUGUCCCGUAUCUGAACACCAUUCUGACUCACCACUACAUUUUCUUUCCCACUCCUUUAAAACUCAGUUCAGGUGUCAACUCCUCCAGGAAGCCUUUGCUGACAUUCAUCCCUCCCAGUCAAUCUGGGAACCUUUCCUCUUUGGUACUCAAAUGGGUUACCUCUAUUAGGAAUUUACAACUGUAUUAUAAUCUUCUACUUUCAUGUGUGAUUUUCCCUAAUAGAAUGUGAGCUUUGAGGCCAGGGUCUAUUUAAUUAGUUUGAAAAAUUCAUUUUUUUUUUUUAAUCUUCAGAGCCCAGUACUUAGUAGAAACUGAACGAAUGAGUGAACAAAGAGUUCUAUGAACCUACUACACCCAGUGUCUCCCAGAAACUUGUGUUGGGCUUUGAGUCAUUUUGUCAAAUGAGGUCCUAUGCUUUGGCAAUCUCUAGCUCAGUAGCAACACUGACAGAAGAGUUUUCAAAUACGUAUCAACAAAUAAGUUCAAAUAUGGUGGUGUUAUUACGCUUUGCAUUUAUCCUAAGGUUCAUAGUAAAUGUAUUGUUACCUGUUAACAACACAAACUACCUUUUAAUCAGAAAACAAAAUUUUUACCAUUAGUACUCAAUUGAAACAACUGUUCUCCACUAUCAUGAGAGUUAACCUAUCUUAAAACAUUUUAUGUAAGAAUUAAGGGGGAAACAUCAAAACAAAAAAUAGCAACUCCUAAGCAGAUUUCUAAGUGCUAUGCAUUGCUCAUGGAAUAUGAGUUGCCUUGGUUCUUUAAAUUGAAAGUUCUCUAGGAUCUGAAAACAAAGCUAUGCUGUGCUUGGUAUGUGAUGAAUGCGUGAGAACCACAAAUGAGUGGGAGAUACCUGGGCACUUAGGAGCUAUUCCUGUGCCAAUCAUACUUGUUCAUCUAAACAGAAUUUGUAGUCUUUUUAUCUCUUAUAAAAUCUGGUAAUAACUUGAAUAUCUGAUUUUUUAUUUAAAUAAACAGUAAUUUAUUAUGUACUUGAAAGUAUGUAUCAAUAUUACAGAAAUGAUUUCGGUAUGCAACAAAGCACAUAAACUCGAUUUACCAUCAAGCCUUAUUUUUCAGUCAGACAUUCUGAGUCCUAACUUUUCUAAGAUACCAAUUUUCAAAGGGACAUGAACUGAAAUCUGAACUGGUUCAUGAGCCUUAAUGUAAACUCCUUAAGGAAAGAAUAUUUUUAAAAUCAGAAAUUUUAUCAAACUUAAAAUCGUUUAGAGACAAGUAAAGCAAUCUCGAAACCAAAUCUAUACCAAACGUGAAUUUAAUACAGAGCAUGUUCAGGGUACGUAUUUUGCAGCAAAGUGCUCAGAAGUAAACUUUGUAGUGAGGGUUUAGUAUGAUUGAAUCUCCACUAACCAAGUUAAGUGUCCAAAGGGAGAAGCCACCAUGUACUUCCAACUAUACUCAGACCAGAGCCCCAAAUCUCCACACAUGACAUCUUACCCUCUUAGACUGGUGGUUAUGCUCCUCAGGUCCUGAGUUCAGGGUAUAAUUCCUUUUAUGAAGGAAACAACAUGGUAAAGGGUUACAAGAUAGAGAAAAGACGACAGAAUGCAGGAGUAAGAUUUUAAUUAGAAGGCAAGACCGCUGAGUUCAAACCCACCCCACAUUCAGUUUCCUUACCUGUUAAAUGAAGGCCCCUGCUUGACUGAUUCUGUAUCAAAAGCAGCAGUUUAAGAUGCCAUUAUUUUGAUGUCCUUUUUGGUACUUGGCCAGGCAGAGAAAGGAUAACUAACACUGGGUGACAUAAAUAUUUUGAAAGCAGCAGAAUAUACCUUAUUAAAGACCAGGUCUUUUGUCUCAGAUACAAACAGAAUUGACCUGAAAACUGAAACACUGGCUAGGUGGAAUGAGCAUUAAUAAUAGUUAAGGCAUCUCCUGAACUAACACAGCUUUUUAUGUACCUAUCUAAAUUAUGAUAAAUGUUAACAUGAGUGAAUCUAAAUGGAAGGGAGUAUUUUAGAGAAAUGUUAAGUCCCCACAAGUAAGUGUCAGUUUGAUUUUGGUACUUAAUUAUCACAUUCAGAGCAGAAGUAUUAAAAGCCUCUUAGCAUUUUUUAAAGUCUAAGAAAUCAAUGUUGUGUUUCAUUCCCGAAGUGAAUUUGCAUUUGUAAUGUUUUUAAAAUUGUUAUAAGAAGUUACCUCUAGCUUUAGAAAGUAAAAAUAUCUGAUACUGGAGUGGAAAUACCUUUCCUAGGGAAUCCAGAAAAAAUGAGCACAGCAUAUUGUCUCAUAAUAAAUUGCUUAUUAAGAAG